GUGAAGAUAUAUUAGACAAUUCACUCAUAAAAAGUGGAUAUGAUUUGUUUAUUAAUUUUAAAAGUACUACAUUUAUAUAAUCCACUAAAAUUGAGGACCGCCAUGCUUGGAGAUAGUACAUGUGCUUAAACUUAGAGCUGCUAAUUCUAUAGUAACCACCACACACCGACAUAAAACUAAAAACGACAAUAACUUUUUUUGAAGGAAAAAACGACAAUAACUUACUAAAAUAAGCAUCGAAAAACGACACGACGACUGAGCCAAAAACGACGUUGACCAAACCCAAUCAUUUUAUUCUCUAGAUCCUCUUCGUCACUUGGAUUUAGCCAAAACGAAAGUGUAAUAAUAAGGUUUUUAAAUAAUGAAGAAAGAAAAUUGUGAAUAGCUUAGCCAGAUCUAACCACGUCAUUCAUUGACUCCGGAAAACGUGGGACCCUUCUCGAGCGCCCACGUGGCUACCAUGAUCCAGUGUUGACCUUUUGAGAGACAUACUCCUCAGUUGAAUGAGUCGACUCCUUCUUUCGCGUGCCAUUUUUGCUCCUUCCUUAGUUCCUUUUCUUCGUCUUCGUCUUCGUCUUAGUCUUAUUCUUCUUUUUCUUUGUCGUUUUAACCAAUCCGGAUCAUCGAAUUCGGUUCCACUUUAUCGGGUUCGGGUCUGGAUCCGUUUCCCAAAAAAACACAAGACGUGAUUGUGUGAUUGCUCCCGCUUUCGCAUUUCGAUUAGGGGUUUUUCUCUGUGUUUUCAGAAGAGUUAAAAUGCCGCAUGAAUCGUCAUCAGAGCAAGACCCGGACGAUUCUGACGCCGAGUUCGUUGAGGUUGAUCCCACGGGUCGGUACGGUCGGUAUAAAGAGAUUUUAGGAAGAGGGGCUUUCAAGAAAGUAUAUCGAGCAUUUGAUGAAUUGGAAGGCAUUGAAGUAGCAUGGAAUCAGGUCAAGGUGGUAGAUCUAUUACGCCACUCUGAAGAUUUAGAAAGACUUUAUUCUGAAGUUCAUUUACUUAAGACUUUGAAACACAAGAACAUCAUAAAGUUUUACUUUUCUUGGGUUGAUACCAAGAAUGAGCAUAUCAACUUUAUUACUGAGAUUUUCACGUCAGGAACACUACGGCAAUACCGGAAGAAACAUAAGAAUGUUGAUUUGAGGGCGUUGAAGAAAUGGUCCAGGCAGAUUUUAGAGGGCCUCUUAUAUCUUCACAGUCACGACCCACCUGUCAUUCAUAGAGAUCUCAAGUGUGACAACAUCUUUGUUAAUGGAAACCAAGGUGAGGUAAAGAUAGGUGACUUAGGACUGGCUGCUAUUCUUCGCCAGGCUCGCUCUGCUCACAGUGUUAUUGGAACUCCCGAGUUUAUGGCACCAGAGCUUUAUGAAGAGGAAUACAAUGAACUUGUAGACAUAUAUGCUUUUGGCAUGUGCCUGCUAGAGUUGGUCACGUUUGAGUAUCCAUAUGUUGAAUGCGCUAAUGCCGCUCAAAUUUUCAAGAAAGUGACAUCAGGAAUAAAGCCAGCAUCAUUGGCAAAAGUGAAAGAUCCUGGAGUUAAAUUAUUUAUAGAAAAGUGUAUUGCAGAAGCCUCUGAUCGAUUGACUGCCAAGGAACUUUUGUUGGAUCCAUUUCUCCAACCAGAUGAAGAUGAAAGUGUUUCACGUUCUCGUAGGCAUAGAAGUCAUCAGUCAGAUUAUUCUGACAUAUCAAAUGCAGAAAGCAGUCAUCAUCGGGCUGAUUUUGAGACGCACAAGGUUCCUCCUGAGACAAGUAUAGACUUCACAGUGGAAGGUCACCGGAAAGAUGUAAACACAAUAUUCCUGAAACUUAGAAUAGCAGACUCUUCAGGUCAUGUUCGAAAUAUUCACUUUCCAUUUGAUACAGAAGCUGAUACUCCAAUUUCAGUUGCUAGUGAAAUGGUUGAGGAGUUGGACCUGACGGAUCAGGAUGUUUCAGGAAUUGCUGACAUGAUUGAGUCUGAAAUUCGAAAUAAUUUUCCAGAUUGGACACCUGAGGAUCUUUCUGUAGAUUAUUCUGAUGAAGAAUGUCCUACUUCGGAUAGUUGUGCCCCUGAAACUAAGGAUGAUGUUUCCCCCUUAGCAAGUGAGUGUAACCCUUACAAAAGUCUUGCUUUGGAAAGAUUACCUUCAGGCCGAAAGUAUUGGUCUGAUUCACCCAAAGGACUUGGUGGAAAUUCUCCAAUCACACCCGGUCCUUCAAACUUGUCUUCUCCAGUAGAUUUGGUUAGAGCUGGGAGUAGCAUGAGCGAAGACAGUGUAAUGUCUCCCAGCAGCCAAACAGAUGCAGAUAAUCGAAACGGUGCUGUAUCCUUUGAUCAGCAUAAUGAUAGAAAUGCCGGUGCUGAAGAAAUAUGUCCUAAUAACGGAGACCCUCCAUCUGAAAUCUUUAGUGAAAUUAUACAGGAUACAGAUUCUGUAUACCUGAAAAUCAUCGUCGAGAAACUCGAGAAACUAUUGGUGAAACAACAAAAGGAGCUAGAUGAACUCAAGAAGAAGCAUGAAUCAGCAGUAUCACAUCUUUUGAAGGAGCUUUCACCGAUUACCCGUCAAAAGCUUUCAGAAAAGCUUAAGGGAAAGAUUCCAGACUAUAAAUUUCAAACCACCAAAAAAUUUCAGAACAAUGCUUCUUUUUGAAUAGAAGCGACAUGUACCCCACGCUUCCAACCAAAGUGCAGGACGAUUACAAUAAACUUCACUAAGAAAUGGAUUUGUUCAUCUUGCUAUUGAUGGAAUUUUUCUAGAGAGCUCAAAGAGACUUGUCUGCUCUUAAUGUGUGGCUCUAGUUUGAAAGGGUUCUUCCUGGAUGCUUAUUGGGACCAAUGGUUAUGGAUUCAUGGAGCCAUUUUUUGUGAAAUGGAUCAAGUUUGAGCUCAAACGAUCUCGAAAAGAUCUUACCACUGAAGUAAGACACUGUUGUGAUAAUUCAGGUGUGUAUUGUGUACAAUAUAAGUAACCUUACCUAAAGAUCGAAAGCUAAGUAUAGUUUGACACGAAACAAUAAAAAUUUAUAUGAAUUUAUAGAGAUACUUGUACAGAUAAUUGAUUCUUUUUGUUUCAGUUAUUACCAGUUUGCUUAUGAUUUUCAUUA